UAUUAGAAAAUAUAGCGAACCUCAUCGAGAAUAUGAAGAUUGUGAUGAGUACUUUAUCUGUCUGUUAAAAAAUAGUACUCUUCAAGAAUCUAUUUUAAGCUUUGUAAAAUCGACAAAAUUUGCGGUUCAUGAUACUCGUUAUUGUAUACCGGUUUUUAGUGGUGCUGCAGAGGAAACUUAUGCGCCACCUGCAGCAGUUGUUGAAAACGAAUCAGUAUUGGAUCUAUAG